AUUUGUGUCAGCAUUAAAUUGUAUCCUCAUCAACUUCUUUCUUUCAAUUCAAUGCCUUUGGAAGUGUAAACGUUAGGAUCGAGAGAGAGCAGAGAUGGUUGACUGGUCUCAGUUACCGGAGAGACUCCUCUUCAUGAUCGCCGUCCGAUUGUGCUCCGUCGUGGACCUCUUCCGUUUUCGCAGCAUCUGCAGAUCUUGGCGCUCCUCCGUUUCUGGCAACGAAGAUCCUUUUCCGAGACGCCCUCUCAUCGAGCUUGACCCACUCGUCGCCAAAUUUUCUAUCGACCAAGCCGGAAACGAACAGAUCUCCGGUCUCGAUCGCGGCGCGUUCCUCUCACGCGCCGCCUUCUUCCGCGUAGCUCUGUCCUCAUCGUCGUCAUCGUCGAGCAAGAGCUGGUUGAUUAAAUCCGACACGGACCUCAGAUCGGGGAGACUCCGUCUCCUAAACCCUCUUUCGCGCAAACUGCUUCCUCGUAACUUCCAUAGCCUCGAUCUGUUGCAGUUCACCGUCUCGGAGAUACAAGAAUCCUACGCGAUCGGAGACUUUCGAACUAGGAAAACAUUUCCAGGCUUCAAAAGAGUGGUUCUUGUCUCUGUCCCAGGAGGAGAUCCUCGGAUUGUCGGAAUCGGCUUGGAUGGGAAAAUAAGGUACUGGAACGGAGAAAUCUGGACCAGAGUCGUAGUCGGUGGUGGUGAUGAUGAAAUGGGUAAAUUCUACGACAUUACAGUUCACAAAGGGCUAACUUACGCCUUGGAUUCCAAAGGGGUUGUUUGGAGGAUCAGCUCAUCUCUUAGCUUCUUAAAGUUUGGACCUUUACUCGACGAAAGCAUCAUCACUAAUAAUAGCUGUUGCAGAGACAAGAGCUUUGUGGAAUGUUGCGGAGAGCUUUACAUAGUGGAUCGUCUCCUGGAAGAGAAACCACGAGAGAGAUUCAACUUGGAUGGUCAUGUUCCUCACGUUCGUUGUUUUGCCUAUGUGUUACACGACGAUGUUGAGAACGUGAUAUGUCACCGAUCAGAUCUCGAAUCCACAGAUUUGAACAGCCCCAAAACGGUCGGUUUUAAGGUUUACAAGAUGGAUGAGGAAUUGGGGAAAUGGGUAGAGGUUAAUUCUUUGGGAGACAAUGCGUUUCUGGUGGCUACUGACUGUGGUUUCUCGGUUUUGGCUAAUGAGUUCUAUGGUUGCUUGGAAAAUUCUAUAUACUUCACCGAUAAGGAAUGUGAGAUUCUGGUCUUCAAGCUAGAUGAUGGUAGUAUCACAAGAAUAACGACACCUGAGCAGAGUUGUUUCCAAGUGUUUCUUCCUAGCUUUCCCGGCCAUGGAUCGUGUUCAGCAAGUAUCCAUCUUUAUAACAUGGAUAGUGCAUUAGGAAUUUAAGAUAACUACAUGCAGUGGCUAUGCAUGUGUGGGUUUUGUUUUGUGCAUUUGCAUAUGUUAUGCGGUUAUUAGAACUUUGCAUUAUGCAGCUUUAGUUAAUGGAGUUUUGUUAUUAGACCUUUGCAGCUCUUAGGUUAAAAUGCAUUUUCUUUAUUAAUAAAAGAAACAGUAUGUGACUACUUGGUAUGUCAGUGUUGUGAUUCUUGGUC